UUCAUGUUUUGAGUUGAAACAGUCAUGAUGGAUGGUUUCAAACUUGUGUUUUGUGUGUUGUUGUGUCACAAUGUUUUACUCAAAGGGCAAACUUCUCCUGUGGGACAUAAAGCCUACAAUGCUGAUGUUAAGCAAGUACCUUUGGAGAGCAAAGGUAAUCCACUGCCUAUUCCUUAUCAAGUGAACAACAACGAUCUAAGACCAGUGGUAGCUGAGUGCAACAUGGCUGUUCUCUUGUCUUUAAAGAAUGCUUCUGGGCUAGUUUUUCAAGAAGGUAUUGAGGAGGCAGUGUUGCCAGGCCACCCUGAGCCCCAGCCUGAGAAGCCCAGCUAUGGCCACAUUGAGCCACAUCAGGAGGAAUCCAGCUCUUUCCACCCCGAGCCCCAGCCUGAGGAGCCCCAGCCUGAGAAGCCCAGCCCCAGCAACCCCAAGCCCCAGCCAAAGGAGCCAAGUUCUGGCCACUUUGAGCCUCCUCAGGAGAAGCCCAGCUCCGGCCAGCCUGAGGAGCCCGGCUCCGGCCACCCCGAGCCCCAGCCUGAGGAACCCGGCUCUGGCCACCUUAAGCCUCAACCUGAGAAGCCCAUCUCUGUCCACCUCAAACCUCAUCAGGAGGAUUCAAGCUCUUUUUACCCCGAGCCCCAGCCUGAGGAGCCCAAUUUUGGCGACAACACCACCCAGUCGGAGAAGCCCAACACUGACAAAACUGAGCCCCAGCCUGAGAAGUCCAGCUCUGGCCACAAUGACACCCAGCUUGCGAAGUCCAACAUUGACAAAACUGAGCCCCAGCCUGAGAAGUCCAGCUCUGGCCACAAUGACACCCAGCUUGAGAAGUCCAACAUUGACAAAACUGAGCCCCAGCCUGAGAAGUCCAGCUCUGGCCACAAUAACACCCAGUUUGAGGAGCCCAGAUUUGGCCCCAACAACACCCAGCCUGAGAAGUCCAGCUCUGGCCACAAUAACACCCAGUUUGAGGAGCCCAGAUUUGGCCCCAACAACACCCAGCCUGAGAAGUCCAGCUCUGGCCACAAUAACACCAAGUUUGAGGAGCCCAGAUUUGGCCCCAACAACACCCAGCCUGAGAAGUCCAGCUCUGGCCACAAUAACACCCAGUUUGAGGAGCCCAGAUUUGGCCCCAACAACACCCAGCCUGAGAAGUCCAGCUCUGGCCACAAUGACACCCAGCUUGAGAAGUCCAACAUUGACAAAACUGAGCCCCAGCCUGAGAAGUCCAGCUCUGGCCACAAUGACACCCAGUUUGAGGAGCCCAGAUUUGGCCCCAACAACACCCAGCCUGAGAAGUCCAGCUCUGGCCACAAUGACACCCAGCUUGAGAAGUCCAACAUUGACAAAACUGAGCCCCAGCCUGAGAAGUCCAGCUCUGGCCACAAUGACACCCAGUUUGAGGAGCCCAGAUUUGGCCCCAACAACACCCAGCCUGAGAAGUCCAGCUCUGGCCACAAUGACACCCAGCUUGAGAAGUCCAACAUUGACAAAACUGAGCCCCAGCCUGAGGAGUCCAGCUCUGGCCACAAUGACACCCAGCUUGAGAAGUCCAACAUUGACAAAACUGAGCCCCAGCCUGAGGAGUCCAGCUCUGGCCACAAUGACACCCAGCUUGAGAAGUCCAACAUUGACAAAACUGAGCCCCAGCCUGAGAAGUCCAGCUCUGGCCACAACAACACUCGGCUUGAGAAGCCCAACAUUGACAAAACUGAGCCCCAGCCUGAGAAGUCCAGCUCUGGCCACAAUGACACCCAGCUUGAGAAGUCCAACAUUGACAAAACUGAGCCCCAGCCUGAGAAGUCCAGCUCUGGCCACAAUGACACCCAGCUUGAGAAGUCCAACAUUGACAAAACUGAGCCCCAGCCUGAGGAGCCCAAUUUUGGCGACAACACCACCCAGUCUGAGAAGCCCAACACUGACAAAACUGAGCCCCAGCCUGAGAAGUCCAGCUCUGGCCACAAUGACACCCAGCUUGAGAAAUCCAACAUUGACAAAUCUGAGCCCCAGCCUGAGAAGUCCAGCUCUGGCCACAAUGACACCCAGUUUGAGGAGCCCAGAUUUGGCCCCAACAACACCCAGCCUGAGAAGUCCAGCUCUGGCCACAAUGACACCCAGCUUGAGAAGCCCAACAUUGACAAAACUGAGCCCCAGCCUGAGAAGUCCAGCUCUGGCCACAAUGACACCCAGUUUGAGGAGCCCAGAUUUGGCCCCAACAACACCCAGCCUGAGAAGCCCAACAUUGACAAAACUCAAUCUAUCUCUGGACACCUUGAGCCUCAUCAGGAGAAUUCCAGCUCUUUCCACCUUGAGCCCCAGCAUGAGAAGCCCAGCACUGACAAAACCGAGCCAAAGCCUAAGAAGCCCAGCUCCGGCCACCUUGAGGAGUCCAGCUCUGGCCACAAUGAAACCCAGCCUGAGAAACCCAGCUUUGGCCUCCCUGAGGAGCCCAGCUCUGCCCAAAUUGAGCCUCCUCAUGAGCAUUCCAGCUCUGUACACAUCGAGCCCCAGCCUAAGAAGCCCAGCUCCAUCAACCCCGAGCCACAUCAGGAGGAGCUCAGCUCUGGUAAACCUGAGCCCCAGACUGAGAAGCCUGGCUAUGGCCUCCCCGUGUCCCAACCUGAGGAGUCCGGCUCUGGCCACCGCGAGCCCCAUGAGGUGGUUUCCAGCACCCUCCACCCUGAACUCCAUCUCGAAGAGGCUGGCUACAGCCACCCAGAGCCUGAGGAUCCCGUCUCCGGGCACUUCGUGCCUCAUUCGUAGCCGGAGGAGCCCAGCUCUGGCCACCCUGAGCUUAGUCCCCAGCUGGAAGAGCCCAGCUCUCACCAGCCCAAGCCCCAGCCAAAAGAGUACAACUCUAGCCAGCUGCCUUUUAUCACCUGUCUGUUUCAACCAAAAUGGCCUAAUUCUGUAAUUUUAGACUCUUGUGGCUUACCAUUGACCCCAAUAAACCAGUUUUCUCUG